CAGGUAGCAGCAGCCAGCCCUCUACCUGUUCAGGUGGUUUAGCUUUAAAGCAGCUGAAAAGAGAGCUCCCCAGACUAGCACCUGCUGGAGUUCUGUGUGCUGAGUGGUAACUGAGAAAACUGGAAAUAUGUUUUGCUAGACGGAGGAGCUAAGAAACUUCAGGGUAAGAAGAAAUAAGGAUGAAGAAGCAUCACUCAGUACAGGGAACUUUUAGCCGACUCUUUGGGAAAAAGCAUGCCACCAACAAUUCCACCAGCUCUCUCUUUGUCACCAACCCCCCUUGGGUCUUCACACAGGAAGUCAACUCUGACAGCCUGGCAACCUCAGGUGAAGUGGAUGACGUUUAUUACGGAGGUAAUCGCUUUGGGUCAGUGACAGAUUCCGGAACAGCCACACUUAAACCACGUCCAAGAGUUCGCCCUCUGCUCACGUUUUUGCCUCUAAAUGCGCAAGAAGCACAUGGGGUAGCUGUACCGACACCAUCUGUUCCGGCGGGCUUUGAGGACAAGCUAGCUGUAGGUUCACAAAUCAAUGGCAGUUAUAGAAAGUACAAUUCAGUACUUGACCUGAGGACAAAGGCAUUUGAGCAAGAUUAUUUGGAUGAUGAUUACAUUCCACCACCACCUUCAAUUCCUCCUCCUCCACCACCACCACCUUCAGCUGACUUACCAUCAAUUUCAUCUUCUAUGAUAGCUCCACCUCCACCUCCUAUGGUAUCUCCACCUCCACCUUCUGUGGUAGUUCCACCUCCACCACCAAUGUCUCCUCCACCUCCACCUCCACCAGCAAUGCCAGCUCCAUCUCUUUCAUCUCUGACUCCACCUUCAUUCCCAUAUUCCAAUAUGUCUUCUCCCAGUACUCCAUCCCCACCAGACUUCAUUCCUCCUCCUCCUCCUCCUGAUUUUAUGGAUAGUGCAUUACCUCCUAUUCCUCCAGUUUCAUCACCAGCUUAUACACAACCCUUCUUAAAUGGUGUGUCCAAAUGGAAAUCAGAGACUGUUCUAAAUACUCAUAAUUCUUCCCUCAUCUCUCCAACAACACCUAUUCAGAAGGAGUCACAGUUACCACAAUCCAGCCCAGAGCCUCACCUCACCUUUCCCAAAUCAUUAAAAGUACCCCCUCCUACUCCCAUGAGAACAUCGUCUAUUUCCUCAGGAGAAAAAGAAUCAAGCCCCAAAGAACAGUUUUCUAGAAUGGCACUUGACAGUCACACUCCUCUAUUACCUACUGUACAAUCCGCUGCCAUAGAUCACUCAGAGGCAGAAGCUAGAGCCAAAGCUACUUUGGAAAAGCAUUUUGCUUUAGCCACAGAAUCUGAAACAUUAGAUUCCGAAAGAUGUUCACUGAAGAAAGAACAGAAUUUCUUUUGGUCCACUGAAGAAAGAACAGAAUUUUCAUCUCCAGACCACGCAUUGUCUGACGAUAAUGACUGGAAGGAACGUUGCAAUCUGGAUAAGUUGAAGAAUGAACUGUCAACCCUGCUGUCCUCAUCUUGCAAAAAGGAAGACAGACAGAUUGAAAGAACUAUGGCUUCCAAGUCUAAAGGCACAUAUAUUGAUAGUAACAAUGUUACUACGGACAAAUUAAAACUAGUUAAGCAUGAUAUGAAACAAACAUACUUACCAGAAGGAGCAGAGAAUGAGAAGAAAGAAAAGAAACUUGCUAACAUUUCUUUCCCAACCACAUCUUUCACCAAAGAUGUUUUCUCAACUACAGACAAAUCCCCCACCAUUCAAGGAAAUUGUGUUAUGAAAUUUAAAGAGGAGUUGGAAGCUUUACUGGCUCCAGCAAAGGAGGGAGGCCCACCUUUGGCAAUUGCAAACCUGAGACAUAAUCCAGAAACAAGGAAACAAAUUACUCUUCAGUUUGGUGGCAAUAAGGACAAUAAUGGUGAGUUGAAAUUUCCGACAGCAAAACCAUGUAGUACCACAUUGGAAGUUACAGAGAAAGAACCAAAGACGCCUAGUGCUUCUGUCCACACCUGCAAGCCACCAAUUUCACCUUUAAAGCCCAAAAGUGAACACUUGGCUCCACCUGCAUCUUCUCCUUCCACUUCUGGGGCUGCCUCACCCAUACAAACUGCUUCUCCCAGUGUGGAUCUCUCUCUUCUGCAAUACAAGACUCACAGGACAAGAUUGGACUCUGAUAACAGCCUUGCCUCUGCAACGUUUCCCCAAGCUACACAUGAUGGGCCCAACAGCCCAAGUAAUAAUGAAAAUCAAAGAGAUUCUACUGGGAAUGUGCCCUUAACAACAGCUAAACUAUCUAGGAAUGCAGAACAAGUGAGCAGUGAUAUUCUAUUUCAUCCUGUUACAGGAGAAAAAGUAGAGAAAGGGUCUCCAAUGGCUCUUCUUCUGGCUGCACAACUGCGGGCCCAAAGAGCCAAGUGUUCUGCUUCUGCCUCCCAAAAGAAUAGUUAUUUAUCUGAGAAGUCCCAGCUAAAGUUGAGCAAUAGCAGCCAAUCCGAGAAUGGGACAUCCACCAUUUAUUACAGCAGUUCAAAGCCCAACACUGUCAAGGUUGUACCAAAGUCCCCACACAAGGACUUAUUGGCAGUCUCUGAAAGUAAGCAGUGUAAUGGAGCAACUGCAUCCAACAGCCAUAUCUGGAGCUUGUCAGGACAAAGUGAGAAUAAGCCACAAAUGUUCUCCAAUGGCUCCGCACAAUGCAGGGAUACACUGAAGUUCAGGGAGAUGAAUGAAUCUCAGAGUCUUUCAUCAAGUAAGUGUGGUUCAUCUAUUUUGGUUCCAAACUUCUCAGACUCCAGUCAGUUGAAGCAGCAUGAUCCACUGAGCACAUCAGAAAUUCCUUUUCAUUUUCUCCCUCCAUCCCAAAACCAUACUGUCAAGAAUGAUGAGGUGGAAGAAGGAUUCAAUUACGAAAUAAUUCCUCCACCACCAGAGUUCAGCAAUGAUGCCUCUGAGAUCCCAAAGUGGUCUUCGGAUGGGGAAAACUACAAAUGUCUCAACCUAUCAUGUGAUACUCAGACCUCAGAUAAGCACCUUAACUUCAACAACUCAAGCUAUAACUAUGGCAACAGCUACUCCUUGACAUCUAAAUCAGUCCUGGAAAGCAGUCCAAGUCCAAGUGGAUAUAGUCACCAUUACCCAGGUGGUAGCUAUACCUCCAAUUACCUUAGUAGCUGUUCCAAUAGCCGCCCCCUAAUUAAAAAACGCCUUUAUAUAUCAGAGACUGAUGGCUUAUAUAGCAGGGCAGGUAUGUCUACUCGCAGUAUGAGCACACCUAACUCCUAUGGCCACAGUGCAGUGACCUACAAUUCUCCAGCUGCAGAAGGGAUCCACCGAGCAAAUUCUACUCAUAGAAAUGUUCCCAAUGGUACACAGGGCCGAAGGGUGUCCUUGGAAAUACCUGGAAAAAUCAUAACUUAUAAUACUACUUUCAAUGAUGCCCAGUAUAAAAGCCAAAAUGGAGAAUAUUCAACCAAUGCAACAGCUGAUGGCAGACCUUUGCAUGGGAGUCCACAAUAUGGAACUGUAAAUACAUUUACUGUCAGGCCUGGAACACGACAACCUAUUUCUUAUUCAUACCAAGGGGGUCUUCAUUAAAACACUUCUGUCAGAAGCUCUGCAUCUGCACACAGCUUGGGCCAAGCUUACUAUUACUCAUCCUGGACCUCAUUCUCUUUUCUGUAUUAUACCUCUUCUUUGUAUAGCUCUGUAGGGCCUGUAUCUUUUUGUAAACAGAUUGGUUUUAAGUUAUUCAGACAAUGUUAAGAAUGAGUCUUUUGAACCUAUCUUUUUACCAAGCUUCUAAUCAGAAUGUAAGAGUAGCUACAUAAGCUUCUUCAUUCUAGGGCACAUUUGACUAAUAGGUGUCUGCUUUGAAUAGAAGGGCAUGGAGUAACUUUUACCUUACUGGCACCACCUUCAUGAACAUGCUUUGGUUAUUCAGGACAAGCAAACAAAGAAUGAAGAAUGCAACAGAAAGGAGAAACAGAGAAUCCAAGAUCCAAGUUAAAGAAUGGCCAUUCAAUAACCCAUUCAUGGCUAUUCUAGAUCAGCCAUGCAUGGCCUAGAAAACAGGCUGUUAGCCAGAAGAAAAUGGCACAGUUGUGGGAAAGAGAAGGACGAGUUCACAGAAAUAAAGGAUGAGCAAGGUAGAAUGGAUCAGAGAGGCUAGAGUUUUGUGACACUUGGAGUUUCAAUAGUGCCACCACCAAAGAAAAUUGACUAGAGCUUUUCUCAGCAGUGCAUCUCCAAGUUGCACCCACUAGUUUUUUGUUUAUCACAUCAUUGUUACAGGCUCAGGGAUCCUGAUUAGAAAAAAGUGAGAAACCCAGGAGCCCUUGUCAAAUAUUCUUAGAUCUUGCAAAAGACUUGAGACUGAACUUCAAACUAAUUUUUUAGACAAAACCAUUUAGCUUUUGCAUUAUCCACCUCCACAAAUAAAAAUGAUAACCAUUCUACAGACAGAAAUAUAAUUCUUGCAGUCCCCUUUAAAAACCAACAUCUGAAUUUAAUUUGGGAGGCAUUUUUAAUUAAAAACCGUACAAUAUUUAAAUGAACCAAACAACAUAUCCCUGCCAGGCUAACCUGAAGAUUCCUCGCCAUUGUUGCAUUUACGUUUUUGUUUUCAAGAACACAAUCACAACAUUGUUUUUUCUUGUGGUUUCUUAUUUUGGUUUAGGAUUUUUAAAAAAAUAUUAUGGAUAUGAGAGGUGUAUUAUGGAUAGAAAAGGUGCUGGCACCUAUACAAAUGAAACUGAAGUAUAUCUCUGCAAUUAAAGUGAAAGCAGUGCACGUUUAAAGGUCGCCUCUGAAAAUGUCAACUAUGUCUGUUUGAAAGUAAAUCUUAUUCAGUGAGAUUUACUUUUAAAUACCUAAGUAGCAGAUAGCAGCUAUAAUCAAUUUUGGCUUGUACUGAUUAUACAUGAAAGUUAUAGUCCCAUUGUAGCUCUAGUUUUUUAGAACUGAGAGAGAAAAUGUCCUUCCCAAUUCAUUUCUGCAGAUUUUGCAAAGAAACACGAAUAUACUCAUUUUUUUACACACUUAUAGAUACAUUAUUUUAAAUUAUAAAACAUGUACAGUCAUGAUGAUUUUGCCUGGCAGCAGAUUCACUUUGAUGAAAAUAUUUUGUCAAAACUAUAGUGUAGUUUGAGUUCAGUUUAAAUCAUUAGGGAGUUGGUUGUCUGUCCCUUAGGGAUGCUUCAUAUCUAAAGCAAUCAAAUGUUUCCAAGCCUUUAAGAACUACGGUAUGUAAAAAGAGGUUUUAACAGGUGUAGUUUGUUACACUCUAGUAUUGCAAGCCAUCUUCUGUAUUGCAUUUAUUCAUCCUAUUUACAAAUUACUUUAUUUCUUGCAUGCUGGCUGGGGAAUUCUGGGAGUUGAAGCCCACUCAUCUUAAAGUUGCCAAGGUUGGGAAACACUGACCUAGAGUAAAGCCACCUCUAUCAGUAGACAAAAUGAAUCCACCUCAAAC